GAAGCUAGUCGUAUAAUACCAGCAGUACCUUUUAUGUUCCGUCACACUAUUACUGAUUGUGAAAUUGCUGGAUAUAAAUGGCCAACUGGUACAGAUUUUCAUCUAAAUUUUGCUGGAGGACAUAUUCACCCUGACUGUUGGGAUAAUCCUAAAAUCUUUAAUCCGGAAAGAUGGCUUGAUAAUAAUAGUAAUAUCGAUAGAGCUGCUUGGAUGCCGUGGGGUGGAGGUAAACGUAUAUGUCCUGGAAAAGGUCUUUCAAUCAUUGAGUUACUUUUGUUAAUGUCUUCAGUGUAUAAAAAUUAUCAUUUUGAGUUAGUGAAUGAGCAUGAGCCAUUGAAAAUUCAUACUCAAAUAAUUUCUUACUGUACAGAGUUAAAAGUUAGAAUUAGUCCUCGAGUUUGA